AUGCAUUUUUCGAAGGAAUGCUCCUAUAGUGACUCAAAAUGCACCGACUGUGGGCAAAUUGGGCAUAAAAGUGGUUACUGCCCACCACCCGAUGCUCCUUCCGGAAAGAAGAAGAGCCAAAAUAGUCGGAAGUUCCCACAAAAGAAGAAGAAGAAUCCACAAGCCCGCGCAAAUGCUGUUUUCUCCCGUCAUCGUCGUGGACGUCGUUUCCUUUCACCUGAAGUGAAUGGUCACAUCCUCACCUUUCAGCUGGACAGUGCUGCUGAUGUUUCAGUAAUUUCCAGUGCCACUUGGGAGAAAAUUGGUAAACCGGCGCUCUCCACAGCCUCAUUGAUUGUAAAGGACGCACAGUCAAAUAAAAUACAAGUCGCUGGAGAAUUUGAGGCUAUUGUUCGAUUCCGUGAUAAAGAGAUUCGUGCUCGUUGUCUUGUGUCAGAUAAAACUCGUGACAAUCUUUUUGGAAUCGAAUGGAUGGAUGCUCUGGAUCUUUGGGAAGUCGCGCUCAGCGCAUAUUGCAAUGCAAUUCAACGGAACAUUGACAAAGCUGCUGCAAUCCGGGAACUCCAAGGAUUAUUCCCGACUGUGUUCAGCCCAGAAAUGGGACUCUACACAAAGGCUGUGGCCACAAUUCACCUAAAAUCGAAUGCAAUGCCAGUUUUCAGACCGAAACGUCCCGUGGCUUUCCAUAUGACUGAGGUCAUUGAUGAGGAACUCCAGCGCCUGCAGGCCUCUGAGAUCAUUUCUCCAACUGAGUUCUCAUCUUGGGAAGCUUCCAUCGUGGUGGCUCGGAAGUCGAACAGGAAUAUUCGAAUCUGUGGAGACUAUUCCACAGAACUGAAUGAAGCGGUCGAGGCCAACAACCACCCCAUUCCGGAUCCGGACAGCCUCUUCACCAAACUGGCUCAUCGUUCCUCUUUAGCCACAUUGAUUUGUCAGAUGCUUAUCUGCAAAUCCCGGUUGAUGAGGAUUCCCGGAAACUUCUGA